CUCCAUUUAUCGGAUCUGUAAUUUGAAAGUUUCCCAAGUCAUGUUCUCGUCGCUUUUGCGAUAUUUUCCCCAGCUCGGGAGGAGAUGGAAACCCCUCAGUUUCUCUAACCCGAACUUCGUCCGCAUACCUGAAGCGCAGAAAAUUGAAGAAGAGACUCUGCCAGACUAUGUCGUUUCGCACUCUUAUCCAAUCCGAAUCGGGGAAGUUAUCAAGGAGCGAUAUCAGGUCAUUGGCAAACUAGGAUUUGGAUCUACCUCGACUGCAUGGCUCGCACGGGAUAUGGAUCACCGCCGUUAUGUCAUGCUCAAAAUAUUCGUCCAGACCUCAUUCAUGGGUCAACAAGUGGAUAACGAGCUCUCCAUAUAUAGGCACAUAGAGCAAUCUCCAACCGCCCAUGCCGGUCGCGAUGUCAUAAGAACGUUACUUGAUGCAUUCGAUAUCGACGGGCCUCAGGACAAGCAUCGAUGCCUUGUGCAUCCCCCACUAUGGGAAAGCGUUCUAGCCUUCUUACGCCGCAAUCCAGUCGAAAGACUACCCUCCGCAGUUCUCGCAGUCGUUCUUCAUCGUCUUUUCUUAGCCUUAGAUUAUCUUCAUACAGAGUGCCAGGUCGCACACACUGAUAUCAAGGCCGAUAACAUCAUGUUCGGUAUCAAGGAUGAUUCAGUCUUCACUGAUUUUGAGGAGAACGAACUUCAACGACCUGCUCCGCGGAAAGAAUUGAACACAGACGGAAGGAUAAUCUACGCCUCCCAGGAACUCAAGAUACCAAAAAAGGUUGCAGCCCCAGUCCUUUGUGAUUUCGGCUCAGCCGUACAUGGUAAUGAACACCACUCGGUUUUCAUCCAACCUAAGAUCUACCGAGCACCUGAAGUGAUUCUUGGGGUUCCUUGGACGUAUAGUGCCGAUAUCUGGAAUGUGGGUUGCAUGGUAAGAUGAACCGUCCUCGGAAUUGGAAUUUGUCAGUCUGAGAAGCGCAACGCGCUAAUCGUCCAGUUUUAGAUCUGGGAUAUUUACGAAGGCGGUUCCUUAUUUACAGGCGAGGACCCCGAGUUUGAGAGAUAUCGGAGUCGAGCACAUCUUGCGGAGAUGAUCAACCUUCUUGGUCCUCCACCUUCUAGUCUUCUUUCUCAAGGGCUGCUAACAGACAAAUUCUUCUCAAAGGAAGGUAGUUUCCUCGCUCCAGAUUUAUUGAUUGAUCGGGUCCCGUUUGAGGAGAGGGAGACCACCCUUGAGGGCAAAGGGGAGCGAGAGGCCUU